AUGAGGGUGGCCGGUCUCUUUGGCCGUUUCUGCCUCAAGCGCGGGCUUCCGCGUCUCCCCCGACAACAAAUAUCAUGGCCUCGGCACGCAAAGAGCCCCCGAAGGGCCCCAAUCAUAGCCGGAGUGUUCAUGUCGACUCUAGGUCCAGCUGCAUUCUUGAAACUAGCGGAAGAGAAUGAUGGCAAAGACAAGACUGCAGAAAUGCAGAUGCUUGAGGCUUCGCGUGAAGAAGUCCGGAAAACGGUCUCACCUGAUGCGCAAGGCAUCUCGAAGCUCUGCCAGACCUUGUGGGUGUGUUUCUAUCACUAUAUCUAUGAUCCAAUCGCAACGGGCCUCCGGUUUGUUCACCUCGCUAUUAUCUUUGUCCCCGUGGUUGUGACGGUUCCCGCCAUCUGGAUUGGUCGGAACGUGCAAGAGCAUAAUGGCGCGCGAUCUGGGACCUUAUGGUGGUAUCGGUUCUUGGUCAAGGCAAUGGAGCGGGCUGGUCCUGCGUUCAUCAAGCUUGGACAAUGGGCCGCAUCGCGAACCGAUAUCUUCCCCCCCGAAAUGUGCAGCGUCAUGUCAUCUCUUCAUUCGAACGCCCCCGCUCAUUCACUCCACCAAACGAAACGUAUCAUCCGCAAGGCAUUCAAUGGGUUGCCGUUCGAGGACAUAUUUGAAGAAUUUCAAGAAGAGCCUCUCGGCGUUGGUGCAAUUGCACAGGUCUACAAAGCGAAAUUGAAACCUAGCUUGGCUGCAAGUCGUGACCAGGAACUUGGCGUUGAGCCAGCGACGCUGGGUGAGAGGGUUCGGAAGAAUGUUGACGUGCUCGUGAAGAGUUCCCCGCAACGAGUGCCGUCUUCGUAUGUUGCAAUCAAGGUCCAACACCCUAGAGUGGAACAAAUGAUACACCGAGACCUACGCAUCAUGUCUUUCUUCGCUCACAUGAUCAAUGCCAUACCAACCAUGCACUGGUUGUCCUUCCCAGAUGAGGUCCAACAGUUCGGAGAAAUGAUGAAGCUACAACUGGAUCUUAGGAUUGAAGCGACCAAUUUGGUGAUGUUCCGGCAGAAGUUCAAGUCUCGCACUACGGCAUGGUUCCCAUACCCAUAUCUAGAAUACACCACCCGCGAGGUGCUCGUUGAGGAGUUUGCCCAAGGCAUACCGCUAGCCACCUUCUUAGACAUCGGAGGCGGCGUCUAUCAACAUGAGAUCGCGAAUGAAGGCCUCGAUGCAUUCCUACAUAUGCUACUCAUAGACAACUUUGUUCACGCCGAUCUUCACCCUGGCAACAUCAUGGUCCGCUUCUACCAGCCAAGCGAACUGGACCUUUCCCUUCGCAAGAAUUCACGCGCAUUCGAUGCCCCGACUAGGGCUGAAGUUGACGUGACUGAAGCGGUUCUGAAACGGCUACGUCCGCAUCUCAAAGAUCCCAAAGAAUGGGAGACUGCUCUUUCUGAGCUCAAUGACGAGGGCUAUAGACCGCAGCUGAUCUUCAUUGACACGGGCCUUGUCACCCAACUCAAUGACACUAACCGCCGGAACUUCCUGGAUCUCUUCCGAUCCAUUGCUGAGUUUGACGGCUACCGGGCAGGUCAACUCAUGGUCGAGCGAUGUCGCACACCGGAGGAGGUCCUCGACCCAGAGGUAUUUGCUCUGAAAAUGCAGCAUUUAGUUCUGAGCAUCAAAUCUCGAACCUUCGCUCUAGGCAAUGUCAAGAUUGGAGAUAUCCUCAGUGAAGUUUUGACCAUGGUUCGCGGGCAUCAUGUCCGAUUUGAAGGAGAUUUCGUCAACGUCGUUAUCUCAUGUCUUCUGCUCGAAGGCAUCGGACGUAGUCUGAAUCCAGAUCUAGAUUUGUUCAAGAGUGCCCUUCCUAUUCUCCGACAACUUGGAUCUGGAAGUACACUCAUGCAAUCUGUGCACUCAGGUGACUAUUCGAUGCUCUGGGUUUGGGUUGGCCUGGAAGCUCGUGGAUUGCUGCAGGCCAGCAUUGAGAGUGUUGAAAAUUGUGUCAAGUAUGACCAACUCUCGCCUAAUAUUUGA